GAUGUGGCCCUGAACGCGUCACAGUGGCUGCUCCUGAACGCAUCUCGAGUUUCUUCAUGCAGCUGAAGGUCGAAGGUUCUUCAACGAUUCGGAUUCUGAAGAAGAUCCGAGGAGAACCAGCUUCUAACGAGAGACUCAGAAACGUGUCCUCAGAUCAGUUUGACUCCGGUUCAUCCUCUGGGAGCCUGAACGAUGAGCGUCCAGUCGAGUGCUGAGGAGGAGCUGCUGGAGAAGUUCCUGGACGCUGCAGCCAGAGGACACGUCCCCCAGGUGUCCUCGCUGCUGUCCCACGUCCCCUCGCUCAUCAACCGGACAGGAAGCAGCGGCUGGACGGCGCUGAUGCUCGCCGCUCGCCACGGACACCUUCCUGUGGCGGAGGAGCUGCUGUCACGUGGCUGUGACAAGUUCUCCGUGAACUCUUCUUCACAAACCGCCUACGACGUGGCCAGGUUCUGGGGCCACAGGCACAUCUCCAGCCUCCUGGGGGGGGCGGACACCGGCAGCCUGCGGGUCCCGCCGGGCUCCGACCUCGUCCCGCAGGAGAACUACUUCAGCCGGGAGACGCUGGACCGGCUGAGCGCCAAGAGGACGGACACAGAGUGGCUGGAGGCGAGACAGAGGGACGAGGACACCGUCUACCUGCUGUUCUCCAGCCUCAGCCCCAUGGUCAGCUGCCCCGAGGACGAGGGCUCAGAGGAGAAGAUGAAGCUGUGUCGGUUCAGGUACGAGGCCGUGAGAGAUCUUCUCCAGGAGCCUGCCACUGUGCUCGUCUUCUUAGGAGUGGAGAGGAGGAAGAACCCCUCUUCCUCCUCCUCCUCCUCCUCCUCCUCCUCCUCUCAGACGCAGGAGGCCGGUAAGGAGCCUCCAGCCUGGUUUGCCGUCGGCUCAGAUGAAGACGCAGCCGAACUUCUGAAACGCUGCAGAGAAAAGAACUGUUUGUUCCCGAAGACGCCGAACAGAGACCUGCUGAGGCUGAGCGAGGACGAGGCCGGCGUGGUGGCCCAGGCGCGCUCGGUGCUGGCGUGGCACAGCCGCUACGCCUUCUGUGCCACGUGCGGCAGCAGCACCCGGCCGGAGGAGGCCGGACACAAGAGGAGCUGCCUGGACUCCGACUGCCGGAGCCGGAGGGGCGUCCACAACACCUGCUACCCACGAGUCGACCCGGUGGUCAUCAUGCUGGUGAUUCAUCCUGAUGGAAACCAGUGCUUACUGGGAAGGAAGAAGAUCUUUCCUGCUGGCCUGUUCUCCUGCCUGGCUGGUUUCAUAGAGCCUGGGGAGACGAUGGAGGAGGCGGUGAGGAGGGAGACGGAGGAGGAGAGUGGGGUGAAGGUGGGACAUGUCCAGUACGUGUCCUCUCAGCCGUGGCCGAUGCCGUCCAACCUCAUGCUGGGAUGCCUCGCUGUCGCCACGACGACCGACAUCAAGGUGGACGAGAACGAGAUCGAGGAGGCCCGCUGGUUCCCACGGCAACAGGUGAUCGACUCCCUGUUCAGAGGAGAAGCUCCGGCCUUCAUCGUCCCUCCCAGACAAACCAUCGCUCACCAGCUGAUCAGACACUGGGUCGGCAUCAACUCCAACCUGUGACCAGUGCAGCCUUCAGACUGAUGCUCAGUGAACUGGGGACGAACCAGUUUCAACUGGAGGAAUCACUUCUGUUAAAUCUCCUCCAGUCAAGUGACCGGCUGCUUGUUCCUGUAGAAUCGAGUUGAGGCUCUGCUCAGAAUUCACGAUGAUUAAAUAACAUGAUUCAAUUAAACAGUGGACAAGUUAUGAGGAAAUGUUGAAGGUGCCAAACUUUCAAAGGCAAGUUGGGAUCAUAAUUUAAUAAAAUUAAAAUGUCUAAUUUUAAAAA